UGCCGGAAGUUAUGUAGCAGUGAGUGUCACACGCCAAAGAAGAACGUAUCAAGUGUACAUGUGUGGGUUCCCGACCUGAAAUAAAGCAGCAGGAAUCAUCUGUAAAUGAUGAAGCACGUGUUCCUGACUGGCGUUCCCGGUGUGGGUAAGAGCACUCUGGUGAAGAAAGUGUGUGACGCCGUGGUCUCGGCCGGGGUUUCUGUCAGUGGUUUCUACACAGAGGAGGUCCGAGAGCGAGGCCGGAGAGUGGGCUUUGAUGUGGUCACACUCACAGGGGACAGAGGACAGCUGUCCAGGCUCAGCGCUCAGGCCGCCGCAGGUGGACGUGAACUCAGGGUCGGUCAGUACGUGGUCGAUCUUCAGUCGUUUGAGAGCCUCGCUCUCCCUCUAUUCAGAGACAUGCGGGAGGGAAGCAAGAGGCUGUUUGUCAUCGAUGAGAUCGGAAAGAUGGAGUUGUUCAGCCAAGCGUUUAUCCGUGCGGUGAGACAGACGCUGGACGCCUCCAGCUGCUCCAUCCUGGGCACCAUCCCUGUUCCUAAAGGAAAACCUCUGGCGCUGGUGGAGGAGGUGCGCAGCCGACAGGACGUCAAGAUAUUUAUGAUCACGAAGGAAAACAGAGACGUGGUCUUCGACGACAUUGUCUCAGCUGUACAAGAGUGCCUGAAGUAAACCAGGAGGAGCAUGUGUUCAUGAUAAUUGUGAUUUUUGUUUGCCGUCGAGCCGUGUUCAUACGUGUGUGAUGUAUGCGUGUGAUUAAGCAUGUUCUCUCCAGCACAUCUCGUAAUGGACGGAGCCGUGUGUGAGAUGAACAUAGGUGAUGUCAGCCCUUAAAUGUUUUCAGUGGGACAGGACGCGACCUUUCCUCAUGAGCUUCACAUUAGACAGGAAAAUAAAUUCAUGUUUGAGAGGACGACGCUGUCAGGCUUCCAGGUGUUUUAUUUAUUUUUACCAUAUAUAUGUAUAUGGUAA